CUCUCGGUUUGGGUGGCUCGGAGGCGCGCGAGGCGUCUGCUUUGGCGGGGCCAGCCCCGCUUGGCUUGCCAUCCUCCAUCUGGCUUAUAAAAGUUUGCUGAGCGCGGUCCAGAGGGCUGCGCGGCUCGUCCCCUCGGCCGGCGGAAGGGGGUGACGCGGGGCAGCGGCGAGCGGCGCGCCGCGGGGCUCUGGCGGGCUUUCGACUGGAGCGAGGGGCCAGGUGAAGAGCGCACGGGCCCGGGGGCUCCCGCAGCUGGAUUUGCAUGUGGCACCAUGCCUUCUUGGAUCACGGCGGUGAUUCUUCCCCUCUCCGGGCUGCUGCUGCUGCUGGCCCUGCCGGCCCGGGCGGACGUGAAGGCGCGGAGCUGCGGCGAGGUCCGCCAGGCGUACGGUGCCAAGGGAUUCAGCCUGGCGGACAUUCCGUACCAAGAGAUCGCAGGAGAACACUUAAGAAUCUGUCCUCAAGAAUACACAUGCUGCACUACAGAAAUGGAAGACAAGCUGAGUCAGCAGAGCAAGCUGGAGUUUGAAAACUUGGUGGAAGAGACAAGUCAUUUUGUGCGCACCACCUUCGUAUCCAGGCACAAGAAAUUUGAUGAAUUUUUCCGAGAGCUCCUGGGGAAUGCAGAAAAGUCACUGAAUGAUAUGUUCGUACGGACUUAUGGCAUGCUCUACAUGCAGAAUUCAGAAGUAUUUCAGGACCUCUUCACAGAGCUGAAGAAGUACUACAUGGGGGGCAAUGUGAACCUGGAAGAGAUGCUCAAUGACUUUUGGGCUCGGCUCCUGGAACGGAUGUUCCAGCUGAUAAACCCGCAGUAUCACUUCAGUGAGGACUAUCUGGAAUGCGUCAGCAAAUACACAGACCAGCUGAAACCAUUUGGAGAUGUACCCCGGAAGCUGAAAAUCCAGGUCACCCGUGCCUUCAUUGCUGCCCGGACAUUCGUCCAAGGGCUGACUGUGGGCAGAGAAGUGGCAAACCGAGUUUCCAAGGUGAGCCCAACCCCUGGGUGCAUCCGAGCCCUCAUGAAGAUGCUGUACUGCCCAUACUGCCGAGGUCUUCCUGCUGUGAGGCCAUGCAACAAUUACUGCCUCAACGUCAUGAAGGGCUGUUUAGCGAACCAGGCAGAUCUUGACACUGAGUGGAACCUGUUCAUAGAUGCAAUGCUCUUGGUGGCUGAGCGUCUAGAAGGACCAUUCAACAUCGAGUCAGUCAUGGACCCUAUAGAUGUCAAGAUCUCCGAAGCCAUUAUGAACAUGCAAGAAAACAGCAUGCAGGUGUCCGCAAAGGUUUUCCAGGGAUGUGGUCAACCCAAACCUGCUCCAGCACUUCGAUCUGCCCGUUCUGCUCCAGAAAAUUUUAAUACCCGAUUCAGGCCAUACAAUCCCGAAGAAAGACCAACAACCGCUGCAGGAACGAGCUUGGACCGGCUGAGGAUUGUGUGGAGGACAAUGCAACAUAGUGUCACCGACAUCAAAGAGAAACUGAAGCUCUCUAAAAAGGUCUGGUCAGCGCUCCCCUACACCAUCUGCAAGGAUGAGAGCGUGACGGCAGGCACGUCCAACCAGGAGGAGUGCUGGAACGGCCACAGCAAAGCCAGGUACUUGCCUGAGAUCAUGAACGAUGGACUGACCAACCAAAUCAACAAUCCUGAGGUGGACGUGGACAUCACCCGCCCUGACACCUUCAUCAGGCAGCAGAUCAUGGCUCUGCGCGUGAUGUCCAACAAACUGAAGAAUGCGUACAAUGGCAACGAUGUCAACUUCCAGGACACAAGUGAUGAAUCCAGCGGCUCCGGCAGCGGCAGCGGGUGCAUGGAUGACGUGUGUCCCACCGAGUUUGAGUUCGUCACCACCGAGGCCCCUGCAGUGGAUCCUGGCCGGAGAGAAGUGGACUCCUCCGCUGCCCGGCUGGGUCUCUCUUGGCUCUCAGGCUUUCUCGUCUGCGCGGUCUUGACACUGCAGAGACUGGGCAGAUAAUCCUGGGUCUCGGGUCCCACGAAACUGCGUCUUAGCUCUCUGAACAGCCAACUCACUUCUUUUCUUACUCUUGGCCAAUGGGACCAUGCCACCGCAGCGGAGCGUUUUCUAUGAGAAGAGGGCAGUGCUGCACUCUGCCUCCCUUUUUGUUUUCCCAAAGAGUACCGGGUGCCAGACUGGACUGCUUCCUCUCUCCUUCAGCUCUCUGUGGGGACCUUGUUUAUUCUAGAGAAUUCUUACUCAAACCUUUUCGUACCAGGAGAUUUUCUUACCUUCAUUUGCUUUUAUGCUGCAGAAGUAAAGGAAUCUCACGUUGUGAGUUUUUUCUCCCCCGUUUAAAAAAAAAAAAAAAGCAUAGGAAGAACAUAAUUUUCCUUGCAAAAUCGGGCCAAACCCCAAGACAACUGCAUUUUCAACAAAGAAGCAAACAAGAAAAUACCAUAGCUUGGGCCAGCAACUUCCCUUAUAGGCUUUUUGGGGGGCUUUUUUUUUUUUUGGCUUUUAUCGUUUUGGUUUUGUUUCUUGUAACAAAUAGAGUUUACUAAUGCUUAUAUAGGGAGAAAGCUUGAGACUUUUAUUUUUAAUGUAGUGAAAAUAGCUCUUGUCUUGGAGGUACCGUCUCGCACUCUCCGUCUUGCACUCUAACUACACAAAACCAAACUGAUUUGGGGGUACUGAUGAUCAAAUUAGAAUUCCAUCUUGAAUCUGAAAGCGAAAAAUUGCCACCAUUCAGCACCUCUCUAACACAGCCCAGUUUCAGUUUUAGAAUUGGCACCAUUUUUCUGAAUUCUUGGCAUGUCUGUCCACUGGAUCCAAUUGGCACCACUUCUUCCUUCUGCUUCAGUUACUAGUGGAGACCCCUCACAACACCCAUCUCCAGUGGGGGGAUAAAGACAGCAGUCUUCCACCAUUCUAUCGCUUUGCUUUUGGCCACAAAUUUGACCUUAGUUCAGUGUCUCUGCCCCUGGGCUCAUGCCCCUCCCCAGGUAAAAGUUCUUCCAAUGAACUGCUAAGCAAUUCAAUCCACGAGUGAGUUUUCUUUUUUCUAACUUUUUGGCUUUGUGUCAAUUGGUUUCAGCAUCCCAAGGGCAUUCUCUUCCAAAAGAACUCACAACAACAAAAGUAAGACAAAAAAAAAUUAUAUAUAUAGUAUUGACAUGGAGAUUUGUUUCACUUUUUUAGUCUUAGUAUGAUCAUCUAUUUUUAUAUCUAUAUAUAAAUAUAUAUAAAUCACAGAUUUUAACUUCUUAAUUCCAAGCUCAGGGUUGACACACCUUUGUAAUGAAAAUGUUUUGUCAACCAGCUCUUCUUGUUUUGUGCUGCUCAGAGAAAUGAGUCCCCCGGGAUCUGUGAGCACCAAGAAUCAAGAAAGAGAACUUUUUACGUAUCUAACUGUCCAUUUAGUAAAAGUUUGCCAGGGCACACCCCUUUUGUCAUGAGCGUGCUUUGGCCUGGGUGCCCCAGACUGGAUCGAGCUCAUGGGGAGAGCCAGGAGGGUGCAGGAUUUCCCUGGUGAUGGAAACCGUGUGCAUAAAGAGCAUGUUCUCCAUGAGCCACCAUUGUUUUGAUGUACACCGCUUUCAGACGAGGAUCCCUGCUUGGCAUGUGGAUGUAUGACCCAACUCAAGAGGCCGAGGGAGAGCCACAGCCUAAGCCAUCUGCCAUGUGUGUCAACGCUGGGCCUCAGCUUGCCCUGGCAGAGAGAAGCAAAAUAAACCAAACUGGGGCUUUGUGAAUACCGUUGGCGAUCCAUGUGUGUCUUGGUUUUUCCGAUGCAUCUGGGGUUGGGAGAGGUAAUGUUUCAAGACACCAUAAGUAUGCUGGUCACAUUUUAAUUCACCCAUUGACAGUAAGGACACGUAAAUGGUAUUUUUCGAUCUCUGCCCUCAUGGCAAUUAUAAUUAGUUAUUGAUUUAGUCAUCACUUUUAAGUAGAACACAUGCGGCACACUAGUAUUAAGUAUAUUUGAGCACUUUUGCAAAACUGAAAAGUAUUUAGAAGCAUCUAUUGCUGUUUUACGCCUAAUGAAAUAUGAAAUAUAGGAUUCCAAGAGACUUUGUGGCAUCUUUUUGUUUAGAUCUUUAUGAGAUUAACACUUGAUCUAAUUCACCAUUAUAUGUGGCUAGAAAAGCAUCCAUUUCACAGCCAAACUUUGACUUCCAAUGACAUGUUAGACCUCUCUACCAAGGCUCAGUCAUUUCUCUUUCCCAUUGUAUACUCAGAAAUCAGUAUUGUCUUUUCUUCGAUAAGGUGCAAUACAAAUUCGAUCAACCUUCAUUUUCUAGGAUAUUUGAUAAUGACUUUCUUAAUGGCUUUAGACUCCAAACCUUUUCAUUCAAAAUAUUUCUGCAUUGCCUUCUGUGAAAAGAGAAUGAAUUCCUUUUGCCCCCGUGCUUUGACCCCAGAAAAGUUUUAUGCAUGUGUAUGAAUACACGCCUUAUAAAUUAGAAUGAACCCAAGUUUCAUUCAUACGAAAAGCAGAUGACUUAGAAGCGCCUGCAUUCCCCAUAGUCUCCGUGUGGAGGGUCAGCGAUCCAUAGGAAAUGAAACAACUCUUAGUUCAUGUCGCCAGAUCAUUAGCCAACCUGCAUGAACGUGGUCAAGGCUUUACUCAAAUCACAGUUCCUCGUUCUCAUCUUCUCCUGCAUCAUAUAAUUUUCAGACCAAUUUCACAUGGGAAUUUUUGUUCUGCCCUAAUGGAAUUGGUGUCAUCCAAUUACCCUCUUCCAGUAAGUCUUGUGAAAUAUCUCCCCACUCCCUCCCCGACCCCACCAAAUUGUUCCCUCUCAUUUCAGCAUAGUGAGAGGGGAUAUGAUAAUGCUCCAUCAUUUUUCCAGAUCUGCCCUCAUUUGCUUGGAUGUCCCCUAAAUUCUGCGAUCACAUCUUACCCUCUGUUUUGAAUAGAGAGGAAUGGGCUCACAGAUUUAAAAUCAGACCCUAGAAAUUGUCGGGUGAUGCUCAUAAUUGCAAACACUUAGCUUAUUGAAGUGCCUCUAUUUACAUGUUCUUUAGUUAUAAUAUGUAUUUUUCUAACAGAAAUACACGUCUGUAAUUGGUGUAUAUUAUACUUUGUAUAUGUUCUAACAAGAGCUAAUCAGAGGCUAAAGUCUUUAGCAGAGAAGAAUGAAUUGCAAAUUCAGGAAUUAGAGACAGCCAAGGCUACCUUUUAUCAUUUUUUUAAAAAAGUCACAUUGGUACUUUGGUAUAACAAUGGUAGCACUAGUAAUCUGACCCCCUUACAAUGGCUUAUCCGAAUAAGUAACUUUUAUUAUGUGCUUUAAGUGUAAGGGAUAGAAACUAGUAUUUUGCCUACAUGGAAAAACACUGAUUCAUUGACAAACAGUAGUAAUCAUUACAACAACAUUCUGCAUAAAUCAAGCACAUUGAAAAUAUUACUGGAUGCAAGAUCCUGAUGUUUAAUUUAUAUUCCCUGCUGCAGACAUUAGACUGCCUGAAUUCUUUAGCCAUUACACACAUGUUUUGGCUAUACCCUAAACACCAACUGAAGUUCCCAGGGAGAAUACAAACUUAGCAAAUUCCUGAGUUGUGAUUCCUUUAUAACUUCUCUUUGCAAAGGCAUAUUGCCCAGUGGGGUUUGAUUAAAAGUAGAAAGAAAUGUUAGUAAGUGCAAGUUUUGACUUCUCCCAAACUUGCCCAAAUUCAAUCAUUUUCAUUUACUUAACCACACUAACAGAUCUGACUUUGAACUUAAAAGUGGGGGAAGGAGGUGGCUUAGCUUCACCAACAGAAGAGUAAAGGAGACCAUGACUCACAAAUUUGCAAUAUGUUCUUCCUUGGUGGAAACAUUAGCUAGUGUUUGUUUUAGGCCAAGUUAUACACAUAGAUUGUUGAUUUGUGUGCAUUCUCGAGCCUUGUUAUACCACAGUUGGCUACCACCAAGAACUCAGCUUAGGGUGAGGACAUUUGAACCUCAUUCAAAGUUGACUAGUUGCUGGAAUUUUCAACAUGGCCUUUUAAUGAGGUACUUCCAUGAAACAGUUCUUAAAGAUGGCUUAGUGGCAAGGUCUCCGUGUGAAUAUGCAUACUCUAUAAACAGAACAAAUGUGUGCACCAAUCAAACCUAAAAUUUUAUGUGACUGUCAAAUGAAUAUUAUUUGGGUUAAGGUUUUUCAUUUCUGAUUUGGAUAGAAAAUUGCUAUUAAUCUUGUAUUAAAAAUAGUUUUAAAAAAUCUACCAGUGCCCUUUCUGUAUCUUAUUAAUUAUUGUCAAACUAAAUUUCAGAACAUUUGAUUUUGGUUGUUUGUAUGUUUGUUUUAGACCUUUUAAAAACUACAUUAUUAAAAGAAAGGAAAAAAAGAACAGAAUCAUAGCUAAUAUUGGUAACACAUCAAUACACCUGGCAUUUGUAAUUAUCAACUUUUAGAAAUUUAGAUUAUUUAGAGCUUUCUAAACAUGUAUUGAAAAUACUAUCUUCUUUUGUAUUGGUUUUCUCUCUAAGAUAAAAUUUAAUAUCUUG